AUGGAUGAUGAUAAUGAUUAUACAAUAAAAAAUUCAAAUGAUUAUAACUUGAAAAAAACCAAAAAAAACAGUAUAAUAAAAAAGAAAAAAAAGAAAAAGAAAAAAGAUAUUAUAGAAAAUAAGGAUGAUAAUAUAAAAAACUUAAAAAAUGAAAAUUAUUCAAUCGAAUCAGAAGUAGAAAGUGAAAGUACUAAUGACAACGUUUCAUUAAACAAUAUACAAGAAGAUAAAGAGUUAAAUGAAAAUAUUGAAAGUGAUCAAAAUAUUCAAAAUAUUCAAAAUAAACAAAAUACUUCAAGUGAAGAAAUUUGUGACCCUGAUAAAAAUGAUAAAAUAUACACAAAUGAAAUAAAAAGUAAUAACAACAAUCAUGAUAAUAAUGAUUCAAAAGAACACUUUUAUAGUGAAUUAAAAUUUGAAGAUUUAAAUAUAUGUGAUGCAUUAAAAAAAGGUUUAAAAGAAUUAAAUUUUGUUACAUUAACAGAAAUUCAAGCUAAAUGUAUUCCUCAUUUUUUAAGUGGAAAAGAUAUAUUAGGAGCCGCUAAAACAGGGUCAGGAAAAACAUUAGCUUUUCUUGUACCAUCAAUAAAUAUUUUAUAUAAUAUAAAAUUUUUACCUAAAAAUGGUACAGGUGUUUUAAUAAUAUCACCCACUAGAGAAUUAUGUCUUCAAAUUUAUCAAGUUUGUAAAGAUUUAUGUAAAUAUAUACCACAAACAAAUGGAAUAAUUAUUGGUGGUAUGAGUAGAAAUGAAGAAAAAAAAAAAUUUAUUCAUGGAAUAAAUAUUUUAAUUGCCACACCAGGAAGAUUAUUAGAUCAUAUGCAAAAUACAAAAGAAUUUAUCUAUAAAAAUUUAAUAUGUUUAAUUAUUGAUGAAGCUGAUAGAUUGUUACAAAUUGGAUUUGAAGAAGAAAUUAAUUUAAUUAUAAAGAGGUUACCAAAAAAAAGACAAACAGCCUUAUUUUCAGCAACACAAACUACUAAAGUAGAAAGCUUAAUUAGACUUUCUUUACAAAAACCAAUAUUUAUAGAAGUUACUACAAAAAUUGCAACUGUAGAAAGAUUACAACAAGGAUAUGCUUUAGUUGAUGAAGAUAAAAGAUUUCUUUUAUUAUUUACAUUUCUUAAAAAAAAUUUGUCAAAAAAAAUAAUGGUCUUUUUUAAUAAUUGCAUGUCAGUUCAAUUUUACAAUGACUUACUUAAUUAUAUUGAUAUACCUACAUAUUGUAUCCAUGGAAAAAAAAAACAAAAUAAAAGAUUAAAAAGUUUUCAUGAUUUCUCAGCUGCAAAAUGUGCCAUCUUAUUAUGUACAAAUGUAGCUGCUAGAGGUCUUGAUAUACCAAAUGUUAAUUAUAUAAUACAAUAUGAUCCACCUGAUGAUUCAAAAGAAUAUAUACAUAGAGUUGGAAGAACAUGUAGAGGACAAGAUUCAAAUGGAUCAGCCAUUAUAUUUCUAAUGAAACAUGAAUUGAAAUUCUUAAAUUAUUUAAAGUUUUAUAAUAUACCAAUAAAUCAAUUUGCUUAUGAACCAAACAAACUUAUAAAUAUACAAUCACAUAUUCAAUCUAUUGUAACCAAAAAUUUUCAUCUACACAAAAUGGCAAGAGAGGCAUUCAAGUCUUAUUUGAACGGUUAUAUAACUUAUGCACUAAAAGACGUAUUUGAUGUGAACAACCUCAAUCUCCUUUUGACUUCCAAAAAUUUUGGAUUAGAUGUUCCACCAAAAGUUGACUUAAAUUUAAAAUUAAAUGUCAAAAAAAAAAAAUUUAAAUAA